GAAUGUGUCAGGUGCUGUAGCCAAGGCUGAGGACCAUGGUUUGAAGCCAGCCUGGGCAAAAAGUCCUUGGGAUCUCAUCUCAAUAAGUAAGCUGGGUGUGACGGUGGGCGUCUGGAUUCCAGGUAUGUGUGAAGCCCUAGGUGAAGGGUCUCGAUGUGAGGCCAGCUUCAGACCCAGUCUGAAAAAUAACCAAAGUGAAAAAGGGCUAAAGGCCGGCCGCCUGCGUGAAGCCUGAGGCCCCGAGUUCAAACCCAGUACCUUAAAAAAGGAAAGGAAGGAAGAGGACUUUGUGGAAUGCUGUGGACACUGGAGCACCCGGCCGCAGCCGCGCGGAUUCACAGAUGGAUUCGCUGGAAAAGACGACACACAGAAGUGAGCAGAAGUCAAGAAAGUUCUUGAAAAGCCUCAUCCGGAAGCAGCCCCAGGAGCUGCUCCUGGUCAUCGGGACGGGCGUCAGCGCCGCCGUGGCCCCCGGCAUCCCCGCGCUCUGCUCCUGGAGGGGCUGCAUCGAGGCCGUCAUCGAGGCUGCCGAGCAGCUGGAGGUGCUGCACCCUGGGGACGUGGCCGAGUUCCGCCGGAAGGUGAUGAAGGACCGGGACCUGCUGGUCGUGGCCCACGACCUCAUCCGAAAGAUGUCGCCUCGCACAGGGGACGCCAAGCCCAACUUCUUCCAAGACUGCCUGAUGGAGGUGUUCGACAGCCUGGAGCAGCACAUGCAGCACCCCGCGGUGCUGCAGUCCAUCCUCAGCCUGAUGGACAGGGGCACCAUGGUGCUGACUACCAACUACGACAACCUGCUGGAGAUCUUCGGGCAGCAGCAGAACAAACCCAUGGAGUCGCUGGACUUGAAGGACAAGUCAAAGGUUCUUCAGUGGGCAAGAGGCCACAUCAAGUACGGGGUUCUGCACAUCCACGGCCUCUACACGGACCCCUGCGGCAUGGUCCUGGAUCCCUCGGGGUACAAAGACGUCACGCAGGACCCGGAAGUCAUGGAGGUCCUGCAGGGCUUGUACCGCACCAAGUCCUUCCUCUUCGUGGGCUGCGGCGAGACGCUGCGCGACCAGAUAUUCCAGGCGCUCUUCCUCUACUCGGUGCCAAAUAAGGCGGACCUGGAGCACUUCAUGCUGGCGCUCAAGGAGCACGAGGACCACUUCUUCAAGCACCAGGCCGACAUGCUUUUGCACGGGAUUAAAGUAGUGUCGUAUGGGGACCAUUUUGACCACUUCCCAGGAUACGUGCAGGAACUGGCCGCCCAGCUCUGCAAACAGCGGAGUCCUGAUGCUGAGCGAGUGGACAGCACUACAUUGCUAGGUAAUGCGUGUCAGGACUGUGCAAAGAGGAAGAUGGGAACGAAUGGAAUGGAAGUUUCAAAAAAACCCAGAUCGUCAGAUCCUGAUGAUGCUGGAGGGUCUUGAAAUCUUUAAAACCAUGAAGAGCCUGCAACGUGAAGCUGCCUUCUGCAACCACAGUGCCGAAUUCCCGCCGCCGUGGCUCUCACCUUCACCCCAGCACUCACCGUGGGGCCCGCAGUGCUGCACGGUGGCUGUUUGCCAGCGGCUCUGGAGGUGACACACGUCAGGCACACCGCGGGGACUGAUGGGUCAGCUACCUCAGGGACCAACUCAGCAGGAGGGGACGCACCUGUGGUCCCCAUUGCUCCCCCGUGUGCUCCCCCGUGCUGGGGUGGCGUUUCCCUUGUAUAGGGAGAGAGUGAGGCCUGGCCAAGCCAAGACAGAGCUGGACCUUUAACUACCUGUCAAAGUGUGAAGUCCGGGCAGUCAGAGGCCUUUUCAAAGUGGAUUUGGUGUGCCAGGCCAUAAUGACUGACGGUGAGGGGGGCACAAGUGGGGCACGAGACCAGAUCUCACUACUGGGGGGAGGGCCCGGCCUUUCUGUCCUCUUACAGCGCUGCCCCACCCCUCCGCUGGUGGCUCGCAUGGAGAGGUCUGUAGGGACCUGGCACACAGUAAACUUUUUCAGGGCUGACCCGUGUGCAGCAGCCAGGCUGGGUGCUCUGUGCCUGGGGCUGCUUUGAUUGUGACAGUGGCAUCCUGGUGGCAGAGCCGUCUGGAAACAAGCCUUGCAGGUUGUAAGUUGUGGUUGCGGCCUUUGAUGACAUUUGCCAAGCCUGUGACAUGCUCAUAGCUGGAGGAAAGUUAAGAACAGGAACAUAAGUUUGGGGCAUACAGGGAAUGGGAGAAGCCAGGGCCGUGUUGAUCCUCCUACUCCUACUACGCAUGGAAAACAAAUCUUUUUUGUCACUCCGGUUAUAAAUAAAAUUUUAAUGUUAA